CAAUCCCUGAUGAAGCAGAGCAGCCUGGACGACAGCAUGGGCGAGCUGGACCUCGCAGGAGAGGACGAGGCUGGAGGCCCAGGCUCGUCUUCUCAGGACGGCGACGCUCCUGAUUCUAACGACAACAGCGACUCUGGCAUCAGCGACGACGACCCCAGCAGCGGGGAAGUCUCCCCCGAUGGUCCCCUUGACGAGGGGGAGAUGAGGGGGGAGGGGGGGAUGAGGGGGGCUGAUGAAAUAGACCCCUCAGGCUCCCCUCGACCCCUCACCCCAGCCCUCCCCCACACCCCUGCACCACCCCCGCCCCCCAAUAAAGGCCUGCCUUGGACUCCGAAGGUUCGUCAAAAAGACGUUGACAAUUUCCUGGACGUGAGCCGCGAGAAAUUUGUGGGCUUCCAGCUCGUGGGUGACCGCACUACCCUGGCGGGCCUGCCGCCCCCCAUACACGAGGGCGUCCACACACUCAACAAACACAUCUACACCUCGCUGAGUGAGGUCCAAAUGAAGCGUGAAGACGAAGUCAACCGCAACCCGAUGUCCCGACCAGAGAAGGACGUGCCGCAGACGCCUGCUGAGGUCCUGUACCAGUGUUUGCUGCCCACGCUGCCGCAGUGCAUGAUUGCCCUACUCAAGGUAUUGCUCGCCGCCGCCCCAACAUCAAAAGCCAAAACCGACUCCAUCAACAUCAUGGCUGAUGUAUUGCCUGAAGAAAUGCCGCUAACUGUGGUGCAGAGCAUGAAGUUGGGACUGGACGUUAACCGCCACAAAGAAAUAUUAGUAAAGUCUGUGUCAGCUUCACUAUUACUCCUCCUCAAGCAUCUCAAACUGAACCACGUGUAUCAGUUUGAGUUCAUGUCUCAACAUCUCGUCUUCGCCAACUGCAUCCCGCUCAUACUCAAGUUUUUCAACCAAAACAUCAUGUCUUACGUCCGCACUAAAAACACAAUCGCUCUGCUGGACUUCCCGUCUUGCGUGAUCGGUGAAGGCGCAGACCUCAGCAGCGACGCUCUCCUGGCCUGCAUCGGGGCCGCUGCUGGGGGCGCUCUAGACGCUCAGGAUGGGAAAUCUUUUGACGCCGGCAGCAGCAACUUAUUAAGCAUAGAUGCCCACUCACUAUCCUCACCCUCUCCAUCACCAUCUACAAGCAACAAUAACAAUAAUAAUAAUAACAAUAACAACAACGGUAACAACAGUUCAACAGCUGGUAUCAACAACGCCGAGACGAGUGCUGCGUGUUGCUGGCGAAAUAUGUUCUCUUGUAUCAACUUGUUGCGCGUGUUGAACAAGCUGUGCAAGUGGAAGCAUUCCCGCAUCAUGAUGCUGGUCGUCUUUAAAAGCGCCCCCAUCCUUAAACGUACUCUCAUGGUUCGCCAUCGUCUCAACGAUGACUGGGCUUACGGCAACGAUCCCGACGCUCGGCCCUGGGACUUCCAGACCGAAGAGUGCUCACUUAGAGCGGCGGUUGACCGCUUCAAUACGCGCCGCUAUCACCACGCCCACACU